UAACGCCCAGGAGCGGCUGCUUCAUCGAGCCUCUCUGCUCGCACAGACCAGACGCUGGUUCCUCAGUCAGGGGCCAAACUCUCAGCCUGCUGGGUCUGCUCUGACUGGACCGGACCGAACCGGAAGCGGACCGGAGGAAGCAUAGAAGAGGCCUGAAUGUUCAGGGGUCCAGAUGAAGCGGAGGCCCCGGACUGUUUGGGCGCUGCAGGGUCACACAUGAGCAAACAGCAGGUUGGAUUGACUGAACUUAGCCCAGUCAGUCAGUUGCACCAUCUCUUUGAAUCAUCAGCACCAGUCCACCAAUCACAACUCAUCUGGAGGGAUGGAUGCUGUCUCUCUCCUCUGCAGAAAGAUACAAUGCUUUCUGCAGGAGAUGUUCAGAGCUGCCUCAGGAAGCUGGAAACUCUGCUGCGAGCGAUUAAGUACCCAGGAGAUGUUGACUACAGCGGGCUUUCCAAAGGAGACCCCUCCACCUUUCUGCCCAUACUCAGCUUCACCCUCACCUCCUUCUCUCCAGUGUUUGCGGAGCAGCUGGUGGCAGCUGGCCUGGAAAUGACGGGAAAAACGGACCUCAGGUUCACCGACGCGCUCUAUAAGGUUCUAAGAGACAUCUUCCACUAUAAACCUGUCCUGAGCAAACAGCAGUUCCUCCAGUGGGGCUUCUCUCAGAGGAAGAUCUCCUUCGUCUGCGACGUCAUUAAUCUGGUCCUGCAGAGACACAAGCAGCUCAACAAGCCCAGACUGAGGUGUCCUGCUCCACACAGGACCAGAAAGGAAGCUCAUCUGACUGCCACUGAUGCUGAUGCUGUAACUGCUCUGUUGUGUUUUAAGAUGUCCAAAGAGCAGUUUGUGGGGGAGCCCUCCCCCGGGGGAGCUUUCCACUCCGGAGCUGUCGGCUCCUCUGAUUCAUCUGAAACCCCAACAUCACCAGAAGAGGACGAGUCAAAGGAGGGCCUUUUCACUGUAGCAGAGGUAGAAGAACGGCUCUCAGCACUGGAGGCUAACGUAGACACUCUCAUGUCUGCAAUCAACAAGCUGGAUGUUCUGGAGAAACGGCUGGAGGAACUGGAGAAGUGUAAAAACACAGAUAAGUUUCAGAAUGAAGGAGACGUCCUUCUGGUGUCCAGAGAAAGCUGGGAAGACCUGACCAGUAGGGUGGUGUUACUGGAAGCUAAACUGGAACUAAGGAAUGCACAGCCUCUCGUCCCCCUCCAGUCCUCCCUUCCAGCGAUGGAUGUCUCACAGGACGAUCUGAAGGAAAGCCUGCAGAGGAUCGCUGACAAGAUGAAGAAUACUUCCAGUCUGCUGAAGAACAAACCUGCAGUGGAUCCAGAUUGUAGCCUUUUGUCGUAAUAAAUGAUUCCAGAACAACUUUCUGUCUU